AUGCUGCGCUCAUUUGUCACCGACGCCGAACUUGGGCAGGCUCUAGCCCUAACCAGCAACUCUCCGUAUCUGCUUACAACCCACUAUUCGAUUCGUCAUCAGCUAAGUGGCAUCUUCCCAGAAAGUCAAUGCUCUGUUUUCGGGUAUCCACAUCAGGACCCGCAACUUUGGAUGAUUAUACGACGGAACAAAUUCACCAGAACACAGGUAUUUAUGACGAGUCGCACGCAACUAUUCGUCAACGAGCAAGAUAUCGACACAUUCCUAAUGCUCGCCAUGCCAUAUCUACUCGAACUAUCCGAAUUCGCUGCACGUAUAUUGGGCAUUCAACUGAGCAAGUACUCAUUUAACCAAUCGCUCGUACAUCUUUAA